AUGCGCCGCGUACCUGUACAGAAGAGGCCAAACGCCACACGCCUCGUUCAAAGUCAAGGUCUCGUCUUCGCCGACCUCGUCACACCAGGCGGAACAGAACCAUACUGGCCCGAUGAUCGCUACUAUUCCUUCACCUCUGAGGAGGUGGCCUUGCUGGAGGCCGCAUCCAAGGAUGUCUUUGCAAUGUGCUGUGAGGCGGUAGACUAUCUCGUGGAGCACAAAGAAAUUAUUACGGACAAGAUGGCAGUUCCCGCGUACACACUCAAGCAAAUCGUCGAUUCGUGGGAUCGAGAGCCUGCUUGGGGAAGCAUCUACGGUCGCUUCGACGUGUGCUUCGGCGGUCUGGAUCACCCUGAUCCGAGGCUUCGCGUACCAAAGUUCUAUGAAUUCAAUGCGGAUACGCCGACAUCCUUGAUCGAAGCAGCGUCAAUUCAGUGGCUUUGGUUAGAGCAAACAGGCCACGGCAACGACCAGUUCAACCACAUUACCGAGUCACUCAUCGAGGGCUGGAAGCGUAAUUUGAAGCUCGUCGAGGAACAGCUGGGCUUCAAACCCACCGUGCACUUUGCCGUGGGAGAAGGCGAGCCGACCUGCGAGGAUGCAUCAAACACAAUGCUUCUUAUGGACACAUGUCAGCAAGCAGGAUGGCUGACGAAGGCCAUCACGGUGGAGGAAAUCAGCCUGUCCAAAGUCGACGGCCGCUUCUACGACAAGCAGGGAGAGCACAUUGACGUUAUUUUCAAGUUGUACCCAUGGGAGUACAUGGUGGUGCAGAAGUUUGGAGAGGCGUGUUUCAAGGACAUGGAGAACAUCGGAAAACGGGACGCGACGGGGCAGUACAUCGGCGGCACGAUCUGGAUCGAGGCGCCGUAUAAGCUUGUGUGGAGCAACAAGGCACUCUUCGCUGUUCUUUGGGAGCUCUUCAAGGAUGACCCGCGAUCCAAGUGGUUGCUUCCUACUUACUUCGACAACGAGGUGCCUGCUACGCUAACAAGGUAUGCGCGAAAGCCGAUUUUCUCCCGCGAGGGAGCAGACGUGGUGCUGAAGACCGACGGAGAGGUGCUUCAGGACGCGUCUAUGGGCUACUACGGAUACGAGGGGUACGUGGUGCAGGAGCUGGCGCUGCCUCCUGACUUCAAGGAUGAGCAGGGCCAGUCCAACUUUCCUGUCUUGGGACUUUGGUUUGUCGAUGGCGACUGCGUGGGCAUGGGUGUCCGCGAAGACAGAACGCCCAUCACGACGAAUGCCUCGGUGUUCAUCCCCCACUCCAUCUCGGAUGGGCCCGUCAAUUAUGAGCGACAUCCGGUCCCAGAUGCAGACGAGAUCGAAUCGCAACUCCGGGUUGGCACAUUUGAAGACGAAUUUGGCCAGCACAAAGGAGAUGAGCUUAUAGAUUACAUAAAGAAGAUCAUCAACGUGUAA